CAGACACACAAACUCACACAGAAAGUACCUGCAACUGCUACCAUUUGCACACACGAGACAUUAACAUACACUAUGAAUAUCAUUUGAUGUUUGGUUGGAUGGAUUCCCUCACAAUUGACAAAUUGAAAGAAAAAAAGGCUCUCAAGCUGGCCCUAACCUCUCGGAAUGUCUGAGAACCUCUUCGGCGAGGCUGAAUCUCUGACAUCCGACCCCAGUUAAGAUGCACCCUCUCCAGACGCUGAUUGUUACAGCACUCCCUCUGCUGGUCUCAAGCUCCACGCUACAGCAGUGCUUGCAUCCGCGUUAUUUUUCUUCUGUGCUGGACUCCCUCCAGUGUUAUAAUGAUUUAACCACCUACAUACGUUGCACCUGGGAAGAGGAUCCGCAUGCACAUUUCAAUUUGUCAGAAAUCACAGGAGAAUCUCCAUGUGUCUCUGACGGACCCAGUUACCUGUUGCCCAAUGGAAAGACCUUUCGUAGCUGCCUGUAUAAAACUCUAGUGUUCACCUUGAGCUCACACACCUUCUUCUUCAAUGUAUCCUGUCCAUCUAAAGUCACAGUUUUUAAUGUAGCUCAGCAAGGCAAAGUGUUACCUCCAGUCAACCUAACAGUGAGGGGAACUGAAAGUGGAGGCCGAAUGCUGAGUUGGAGUAGCCCCUACUCUUCCAAUCACACACUCACCUACCAGCUCAAGUACAGAAGACAUGGACACGACUGGACCGUGGUGAACACGACUAGCUUUGAGUUGGUGAUUGAGAAGACGGCACUGGUGCCAGGUUACUCUUAUGAGGCCAGAGUGCGAGCUUGUGGUCGUGUGGGCCUGUGGAGUGACUGGAGCCCCCCAGUGUCCUGGACGACUGAGGAAGGUGAGGCUGUCCUCAACUUGCAGUGUGUAUUGGUGGACAUGGGACUUGCGUGCAGUUGGCAGGUGAAGAGAGAGCACGCCCAAGUCCUCUCUUAUUUCCUAUGCUUGAGAGGAGAUGGAAACAAUCAGUGCAAUCAGAGUUGUGAACAAUGCACUGUCCAUGCUGGAGAACUGCAGCACACAGACGCUCUGCUGAACAUCACGUGUUUGGUGGUCAGCCGCACACCUGAGCUGCUGACUGUGGAGAUCCGAAGCAUUCAUGCCAGAAAGGAGUUUCAAGACCAAUGCAACUUCCACCCCCCACGUCCACGCACCGUCCAGGUGGACAACAAGGAUGGCAUUUGGAGAGUGAGAUGGUUCAGGCCCAAGGUCAACAUAAAGGUCGAACUUUUCUACCAAGUGUGUGUCCGACGCAGCAACAUCCAGGCUUCAGAGGAGUGUUACAAUAUCACGGACAAUAUCGUGACAAACCCCCUCAGUUUCGACAUCCCCCACUCCUCCCUCCUGCACCAAACGCAGUACAUGGCUCAGGCCAGAACCCUGCCGGGUGUGGGCCGGUCUGGGAGACCCUCAGAUUGGUCAGAGCCUGUAUAUUUCACUACCGACCCAGCUCCAUCGAUCAACACCUUUAUUUACAUCUCCACUGGUGUGUUGGUGUUGAUGUUCUCGAUCGUCUUGUAUAAUGCACUUCCAGCUUGCCACAGGAAGUUAGAACUGUGGAAAGUGUCUAUUCCUUCUCCAAUUAAGAGCAAAGUCCUGAAGGAAAUGAGCAGUAGAAAGCCUCCUGCUGGCUGGACAUACAGUGCCAAUGAGAAAACCUCUGUCUGUAUCAUGCAGGCCUCAGACAAUCCCAUCAUCUGCCAGGGCAGUAUUUUAGAGUACCCACUUCUGACAUACUCUGAUGACAGCAGUGUAACCAUUGGCAUGAUGAAAGCUGAUUGGACACAUGGGUCCAAUGGCUCCUCUUCCACAGAGGACAGCAGAAUGAUGGACACGUCUGGCAUGAGCUUCCUGGGCCCUUACAUCCUGUGCUGCCAGGAAUCUAUGUUGCAAAGCGAAUUGUCUGACCCAUCUUUCUCUCCUCUGUUGAGCUAUGACAACGAGAAUGCGUUGGAUUCUAAGAGCACCUCAGAUUCUUCCCUAGUAAAGGGAGGCUAUGUUUUCUCCCCUCCAACCAUCCUGCCUUCCACAGAUGACUCUGCUCCAUCGAGUCCACCCAGCCCAAGCAGAGAGCCCAGCCUUUCAGAGCCUCAGAAGGACAAUCCUCCGGCAUACAGCCCCGGCCCCGGGGGAAUGCCCUUUCCUCACCCCUCAGGCUACUGUUUGAUGCCCAGAAUGGACCUGAAUGCGGCAGAUUGGGCACAAGCCUCUGCCUCACCACCAAAGUGUGAUACAGAGAACCAUCCAAGCAAAACCACAGAAGGAGAUGAGCAUGCAUGCAGCUAUGUGACCCUUUCACAGCCUGGGAUCUAAUAUAUUCUCUUUCACUGCUGGUUAUAUAUGCUUUUAUUAUUAUUACUAUUUUCAGAUGUUUGUUUCACCCAGCAGCUUUUCCACUCGCUGAGAGGAAAAGUAAAAUAAAUACUAACAUUUUGAUGAAAAGGAA